AUGCGGAAGACGUUGAAAUGGAUGUGUGCACAGAAAGGGGAGAGGAAUGGAGAGGUGCGGCUGCCAACGUGGAGGCAACCCCAACCUCUCUCCACCGUCCACCUUUCAGCUGCAGACCACCUCUUCUCCCUCACCAUCGUGAUGCAUUCCUCCAUUUCCGCGCCCUGCUUCAAUAAUGUACAUCCAAUCGAUGUGCCUUUGACAAGCACCGGCGAAUGUGCUCUGUCACGCCUGCGUUCCCAAGACGCCCUCCUCUCUCUCAACAGCGUGGAACGUGGCUCCUUGACUGAGCCUCCUACGCGAAGUGAUGCGGUGACAUUUGGCACACCUUCAUGCGCCGCUACGUUUUGCUGCCGCACCAAGUCCUCCUUGCCCAUGAAGGAUCUGACAACGCCCUCACACACUGUAGGCCAGAAAGCCUUUCCCAGUCAAGUUCACACCUCCCCCGUCCACAGUAGGGACGCCGAGGCGACGAAGAGCUAUGGAAGUCGCACCACGUGA